UAUUAUACAACACUCACGGCUGUCUAUUUCACGCUGGGAUAUGUGAUUUACAUUUGAGGUGUAGACUAUACUGCAUGUUCGAGACUGGACUCUGGAGUUGCUUUUGGCUUUGUUACUUGGAUAAUAAAGUAUAUUUUCUGGCAUCAAAUCCCCAAGACUUCACGAUUGAUUUUAAAGAAAGUGACACAGCAAUUCAUGCGCUGGAUGAAGGAGAAUCAUUUUAGGGUUAUGAGUUUAAUGAGCAUCAGUUACUUUAUGAUAGACAGACAGAUAUAAAUGCUUAGAAGUGCCAUUUAGUAUAAAAACAAACUCACUAACUGAUAUAUUUUUGAUUUUGGCAGAUCAGCUCCUCCCACUGCAGUCACAUCAUCAGUGAAGCUCCUCCCACAACAAUAACGUUAUCAGUGAAGCUCCUCCCACUGUAAUUCUCCUAUAAAUGCUGUAAAUUCCCACCAGCUUCAAGUGAAGACGAGCAUCGGAGCAUCAGGAAGAGCUGAAAUCUGCAAAGACUGAGUUUAUUAAAGAGGACAGUGAGAACAUGAGUGAUCCAGAACCCUGCAGAAUUAAACACACUGAAGAUCCUGAAGAACAAAGAGACCUGAUGGAAGAGAGCGAGGAGAGAGAAGAACUGAGAGAAGUGAAGGAGGAACAUCAUGUCAAACCUGGAGAAAAAACUUUGAGUCGUUCAAAGACUAAAAAGACAUUUUUAAAGAAAAGAAGAGCCAAGAAAUCUUUCACCUGCACUCAGUGUGGAAAGAGUCUCACAACCAAACAAUAUCUUGAGACUCACAUGAGGAUCCACACCGGAGAGAAGCCGUUCUCAUGUGAUCAAUGUGGGAAGAGUUUCAGUCAUUCAUCUUCCCUUAAUGUUCACAUGAUGAUCCACACCGGAGAGAAGCCGUUCUCAUGUGAUCAGUGUGGUAAAACAUUUAUUGGGUCAUCAAACCUGAAGAAACACCUGACAGUUCAUAUGAAGGAGAAGCCGCAUUCAUGUUCUGUGUGUGGAAAGAGUUUUUCACAUCUGCAAUAUUUACAUGCACAUCAGAAAACACACACUGCUGUGAGAGAGUACAUGUGCUUUGAGUGUGAGAAGACUUUUGCAACAGGGAAAGAUUUAAUCAUACACCAGAGGAUUCACACUGGAGAAAAACCUUACAUGUGUUCACACUGUGACAAGAGAUUCAAUCAGUCACAACAUCUGAAAUCACAUGAGAGGAUCCACACUGGAGAAAAACCUUACAAGUGUUCACACUGCGACAAGAGAUUCAGUCUGUCAACAAAUCUGAAAACACAUGAGAUGAUCCACACUGGAGAAAAACCUUACAAGUGUUCACACUGUGACAAGAGAUUCAAUCAGUCACAACAUCUGAAAACACAUGAGAGGAUCCACACUGGAGAAAAACCUUACAAGUGUUCACACUGUGACAAGAGAUUCAGUCAGACAUCAACUCUGAAAACACAUGAGAAGAUCCACACUGGAGAAAAACCUUACAAGUGUUCACACUGUGACAGGAGAUUCAGUCAGUCAUCAUAUCUGAAAACACAUGAGAUGAUCCACACUGGAGAGAAGCCGCACACGUGUGAUCAGUGUGGAAAGAGUUUUGCUUUGAAACGCUACGUGGAGAUUCACAUGAAGGUCCAUGCAGUGGAGAAACCACUUAGGCUGCGUUUACACUGCAAGUCCUAAUGCACAGAUCAGAUGAUUUGACCAUAUCUUUUUUUUUUUUUUUUUUCAUUUUUACAUUCACUAUAUUUGUAAUUCACAAUAUUUGCAAUACAGUUUCAUUUGUUAACAUUAGUUGACAUUUUAACUCCCACUGGACAAGAUAUUUCUUACUUCAUUUUAUUUUUGGUAAAGUUAGUUAAUACAAAUGCAGUUUUGU